AUGGCUGGCGACAAGAUCCUCGUUUUCGGCGCCACUGGGCCUGCGGGUAUUCUCCUUCUUCGCGAGUUGCUUCAUCGCAAACUUCCAGUCCUCGCCUACUGUCGAACCCCUUCGAAAAUUCCCGAGGACAUCUCCAACAAUCCUCUGCUUGAAGUUGUCAAAGGGGACAUGUCCCAACGAGACGCCAUAUCUAGAGCCAUCUCCAAGUCCCGGGCCAUCAUCUCGCUCCUAGGGCCCAGCACUGCCAAGCCAAGUUCGGACACUGAAUUUGCUGACUAUUAUCGCUUCAUCGUACCACUCAUGAAAGAACACCAGGUUUCUCGAAUCCUGGCCCUUGGUACGACAGCCAUCUAUCAACCCGACGAUCAAAGCUCCGUUACCCGUGGUCUCAUGGGUACCCUUAUCAAGGUUAUGGCGAACUCUGCAUACCACAAUAUUCUAGCUAUUCAAGAGUAUUUUGAGAAGCUGAAUGAUACAUCCAUCGACUGGACUAUUUUUCGGCUGGGCUGGCUCGGUGGUACGAGCGACAAGUCUGCGUGGUUGGCUGAUCGUGAAAAAGGCAAAGCAUUUGCGGGACCUGUUGCAGCCCCCGGUUACACUUCGGGAAUCAACAGGAGUCUCUUGGCCCAAUGGCUUGCUGAUGUGGCUACCGCUGAACCGGCGAUAUGGGUUCGACAAAUGCCUGCAGUUAGCAAGGCUGGCUAG